AGCUGCGAAUCACUAACGUCUAAACAAGAGACGGCAGCCCGAAAUUUGUAUUAUCGUGUAUUAUUGAUAGCAUCCCGAGUGUAUGAUUUAUGCUUAAAAUAUCAGUUAUUAAUCAGAUAUUAGCCUAAUCACAGGAUACAUCAGCCCCAGUGCACAUCGCCAAGACGCAUGCGCAUUAACGGUCAAUCCCUUAAACAAAGUUGAAUUUCGCUAAAAUAAAGACCCAUUAAUGUACCAUACAGAGAUAUAUAUAUAAUUUUUUUCCCCCCAUAACAAUUCUGACUUUUCUGUUUUUACGUCAGGGAUAUGCGUUCCUUGCGUGAACAUCGAUACCAGCUUGAAUCUGAAAACCUCCCAUCGACAGUCCAGCAAAAAAUUUUGAACAUUUGGAAUGUUCUUAAAGACGGAAGUGCGCACUCCUGUUUUCUGAUCAGGGCUGUGAACGCUGCGCAUGCAUGUCAGUUUUUGACUGUUUAUUUGCGUGCGUUAUAUAUGCCUAUGAGUUCUUCCCAAAGGUAGUUAAGCGCUUUCCAUUGCCUCCGACUCUAUCUCGCUGCGGUAUGGCAGCGGCAGCAGAAGGGCCGGAGGACUGCAGCCGGAGCAGCAGCUCACCAGGAGCGCUAACAGGUGACGGCGAACCUGAGGAGGCCGAGGAGUUCACCUGCUGGGCCUACUGCACGGAGCUCUCCCGGCGGCAGAACGAGCAGAGGAGGGCAGGGUUGUUCUGCGACGUGACUCUCGUCUUCAGCUCCGGCGGGGCGUCUGGGGAGAGGGUCCAGACCUUUUCCGCCCACCGCACCGUGUUGUCUGCGGCGUCGCAGUAUUUCACGCUGCUGCUCGGCGGACACUUUACAGAGUCUGUGUCCGGCCGGGUGGAGCUGAAAGAAUGGAGCUCCACAGCGGGACCGGACCCAGAAACGGUGGAGACUGUCAUACAGUUCAUGUACACCGGAGAGAUCAGGGUAACCACUGCCAAUGUGCACGAAGUGUUGGAACUUGCCGACAGGUUCCUGUUGACACAGCUGAAGAACUUCUGUGGAGAGUUUCUAAUGAAGAAGUUGAACUUGUCCAACUGUGUAGCUGUGCACAGCCUCGCCCACAUGUACACCCUGGACCAGCUGGCCAAGGGUGCUGCCAAGACGAUUAGGAGAAACUUCCACAAAGUUAUCCACAACGAGGAAUUCCACACACUGCCAUUUCACCUGGUGCGGGACUGGCUGUCGGACUCGGAUAUCAUUGUGGAUUCUGAACAUGAGUUGUUUGAGGCUAUCGUAAAAUGGGUGCAACAAAACUCAAAGGAGAGAGAGAUGCAUUUUGAGGAGCUGUUCGGGCUUUUAAGGCUUCCUCAGAUUGCUCCUACAUACUUGACACGGGUGGUAAGGAAGGAACCCUUAGUGGCAAACAGCUCAGCUUGUCAGCAGAUGGUGUCUGACGCCCUAGAGGUCCAUGCUGUUCGGCUUGAGAGCCUCAGGUCAGCUGAUUUAGAGCUCCGUGCCUCAUGCACAGCUGCAAUCCAGCCACGUUUUGGCCAGAACAUGGAUGUAAUCAUGGUAGCGGGUGGUGUUUCAGAAGGUGGAGACUAUUUGAGUGAGUGUGUGGGCUACUUUGUUGCCGAGGAUCGUUGGGUCAACCUGCCACAUAUUCACAACCACCUAGACGGACAUGCCAUCGCAGUCACUGACAGCCAUGUUUAUGUGGCAGGCUCCAUGGAGCCAAGCUUUGCCAAGACGGUGGAGCGGUACAACCCCAGCCUCAACACCUGGGAGCAGGUCAGCAGCCUGACCACCCGCAAGCACUCCUUUGGCCUCACGUGUGUCAAAGACAUCCUCUACAGCUUCGGUGGUCAUGGCAACUUCAGUCCAGGUUUCAAAGAUGUCACUAUAUAUGAUCCAAAGCAGGAUGAGUGGCAAAAUCUCGAUCCAGCACCAAAGAUACUACGAGAUGUAAAAAUAGUGACUGUGGAGGACCGCUACAUGUAUGUGAUGGCCCAGACCCCUGUCGACUUGGACAAUGAGGAAGGACUGAGCAGCUUGACCACUUGCUAUGAUACAGAGAGUCACAAGUGGCAGGAAGUGGACUCUUUACCACUCAUUGACAAUUACUGUAGUUUUCAAAUGGCUGUUGCAUCCACCAACUUCUACCACACAGCUUCCUGUUGCUCCAAGAGCUACAAAGUAACGGUCGAGGCUGCCCAGAAGAAAAUAAGCAGAAACAUCUCUGAUGACAUCCUUGACAGCCUCCCCCCAGAGGUCCUCAGCAUGGAAGGUGCUGCUAUAUGCUACCUAGAUGAUGACAUAUUUAUUAUUGGUGGGUGGAGGAACAGCAACAACAUGGACAAGCAGUACUGCAAGGAGGCCUACCGUUACUGUGCUGAGAGGAAGCGCUGGAUGUUGCUGCCGCCCUUACCCCAGCCUCGCUGCCGGGCUGCAGCCUGUCAUGUUCGCAUCCCAUACCAGUAUCUUUUUGGCUGCCAGCAAUACCCUAUGCCCCAGAACCUGGCCCACCGGAGAGACCGCAUGCAACAGAUGCAGCAGCUUCAUCGCCGAACCCUCACUCUGCGCAGACAGCUGCAGUCUCAGAUUGAAUGUUGAGAUCAAAAACUCCACCAGCGUGACAUUCUGGCCUUAAUGUGCUGGUAAAUGCCUUGUUGUUAUCACAGUUUUAUCUUAUUUCUUUGCCUUUGUUGAGAUGCAUUGGUUUACCUGCAGCUGCUUUACAAGAAAGAAAGAUUGAAAAUUACAAGAUUUGUACAACUGAUGUUGAAAAACAAAAUAGGCUACUAAAUGAUCUCAUUUUCAUCAAUAAUCGUUUUGGCCUUAAACUAUUAGCUUAUGCCUUAUCUUUAUUCUGCUAGUAAAUCAAAAGGUGAUUGCUAUGGCAUUUCUUGUAAAAAAUGUUGAUUUCGUUGCUAAACCGCUUAGCUUAGCUUUUACAUGUGAUCUGUGUCAACACAGAAAUGAUGUCAAUAUUUGUGGUGCAAGUUAGAGUAAAGCUACAGUAGUUCUCAGUAAUGCUUUUCUAUGAAAUCUGGUUCAGUGUUGUGAUGUAAACUUAGCUAAGCAAAUUAUGUCUACAUUCACUGUGGUGAAAGUUAGAAGAUGACAAACUGUCAGCGUAGGGAUAAUGAACUUACUGUAACAGCCCGCUGCCAAGUUUUAACUUUUUACUUCUCUCUCUACUUGCUUCUAAAUUCUAUUCUACCUCCAGUUACCACUAUGGUUUUGCCUUUUUGGUCUGUAGGGAUUGAAAUAUCCAAAUGUAGAAUGUUUUGUGUGCAAGUGGUGUGUGGCCCCACUUGAUAAAGACAAUCAUUUGUCAGAAUUUUUGUAGAAAGAAUUAAGUAUUGAGCAAAGCACAUUUUGGGGAAGAGGGUUUGAUUAUUUGUUUCUCCCUAAUUUCUCCCAGUGUUGCACUAAAUUCUAUAUUUUGCCAUUCCAGUGGAUGUGUUUAAAUGUGUAUGAUUUAUUUUUUUAAAAAAAAAUAUUUUAGAUUGUCAAAAAUUGUUUUGACUUCCCUGGUUGUUGCAUUGCUUAAAAGGUCACCAGCAUAAUAAUAUUGAGAAGUCAGUUGGGGCUAAAGCAGCUCUUUUUCCUGUGUGAAUUAGGGCCCUUGUUCACAUACAGGUACUGUACUGUAGAAAGACUAUGAAAUGUGUGUAACACGCUAAACCAGGAGGCUGAUAUGUUUUUAUGCAUGGUUCUCCAAAUGUUUCCAAUUGUGCCAUAAAAUCCCAAAUGCCCCUUAGUAAUACAGCUGAAUUGAUUGAAUGUAAAAGACUUUGAAUGUUAAAGUAAGGAUUGUACUGUGUUGCUUUUUUGACUACAGUCUUCUGACUCAAAACACAAGGUUGUGCGGACCAGUUACUGAGCUCGGUGUAUUUCUCCAUUACUGCUGAAAUUGCUAAUGCAUGUGGUACCAGCCAAGCCAUUAAUAAAUACUAUCUAAGUAGGCUUUGUGGACCAUACUGUACAUUAAGUGAACACACACAAGGAUUGCAGCAGAAUACAACAGAGCAGAUGUAGACAUACACAGAUUUUAUUAAUGCUUUAGUAUAUCAAUAUCAUAUUUGAGGCUGGGUUUCAAAUUUAGAUUUUUGCCCCAGUUUCGUCAUUGGACUUAUGCAGUGCCAUAUUAUGCAGAUUUCAUGCGUUACUUAUUGUGUCAUUCCAAUUGUGUGUGCAAGAGCUGCAAGUGUACAGACAUUUGCUAUAAAUAAUAAAUAAUGGAAUCAG